AUGCAUCAGUCUUACAUUCCCACCGAAGCCCUCGAUCGCGUCGCCUGGAUGCGCGGCGGCCACCAUAAGAUCACAGUCGAUCCGGCACGGACCGCACAUGUCGUAGUCGACCUCCAGGUCGGCUUCAUGGGCGAGGGGGCGCUGCUGGAGGUACCGAUCGCGCGCGGCAUCGUCGAGAACGUCAAUCGGGUGUCACGGGCGCUCCGGUCUGCCGAGGGAACUAUUGCCUACGUCCAGUACAAGGUCGAUCCCGACGAGCCGCAUCAUUGGGGAUCGCAUUACGACCGCAUGACUCCCGAUGCGGUCGAGCGGAUACGUGCGGCGUUCACCGUCGGCUCGGAGCAGCAUGCCCUGUGGUCCGGCCUCGACGUCCAGCCAGAGGACCUGAUUGUGCCGAAGACACGGUGGAGUGCCUUCAUUCCGGGCACAUGUGAUCUCGACUCGCUCCUGAAGGCCAAGGGCAUCGAUACGCUGAUCGUCACUGGCACCACCACGAACUGCUGCUGCGAGUCGACGAUGCGGGACGCGAUGCAGAUGGGCUACCACGUCCUGUUCGUGCAGGACGGCAAUGCGACGCGCGGCGACGCGGUGCACAACGCCAGCCUGGUGAACAUGCUCCUCUUCGGCGAUGUGGUCACCGCCGACGAGGUAAUCACGCGGAUCGAGGCCGGGCGGCACAAUGAGGUCGCGUAA